AUGAUCCGUUUUACCGUAAUUGGAGUUCUGUUGUCAUGGUGUCUGUACAGCUAUAUGGACGGUAAAAUACCUGAACCGAUUCCUGAACAAUUCACGGUCAAGGUGAUCGACGCCUGUAUGAAGACAUACGGAUACACGAUUGGGACGUUGAUAAGUCUUGGUGUAACCGACCCACUGUCAGAUCUGGACAGAAUGAUGGCUGACCGAUUUAUCCUGCUGAUGACGACUGGGUUUCCUUGGGAACUGGGCGCCGACCCUGAAUUACAGAUAACUGACACCAGGAUGAGUGACGUUCAGGUGAGGAUGUAUGAACCGGUGACGUCAUUGGGCGUAGAUAAGAGAGCAGUACUCGUUUACUUCCACGGAGGAGGAUGGAGUACGCUUUCUGUUGACUCAUAUGAUCCGAUGAUGAGGAAAAUAGCAAAGGACAGUGGAAUUGUAGUUAUCUCUGUCAAUUACCGACUAAGUCCACAAUAUCCAUACCCUGUACCAUUACAAGACUGUUCCGAUGUUGUGGAGUACGUCAUAGAAAACUGUGCUGACUUAAAUAUACACCCACAGAGAAUAGCGAUUGGAGGAGACAGUGCUGGAGGCAACAUCGCCGCGGCAUUAUCGUACAAGUUCAAACAUAAGUUAGCAUUACAACUUCUCCUCGUUCCAGUUUUACAGCUGGCCGACUGGAACACAACGUCAUUUAUAGAAAAUGCUCCCUACCUGGCAAAGAGUAUCAACACACCUGACUCUAUAUAUUUUGUUCUUAAUUACCUAAACCUUGAUUAUAGAUAUGGCCCAGACUUCCUGAAGAAUAAUCACACUUCUCCUGCUUUCAAGACGUCCCAUUAUAUGAAAUUUAUUGAUAAAAAUAGAUGGCUACCAAAACAUUUCAUCAGAGACGAAAAUCUAAAAACUAACAAAGAAUCACAAACAGAUUUUGGAAAUGAAGAAUUAUUUUCAAUGAUCGAGAGCCGAAUCACUGAUCCGAUGGUAUCGCCAUUGUUUGCGAGUGAUGAUAUGUUACCAGGGUUACCCCUCACCUAUAUUGCCACCAGUGGAUACGAUUUUAUCAGAGAUGACGGCAUCAUGUACUCAGAAAGACUCAAACAUGUCGGCCAGAAAGUUAUACUUCAGCAUUAUCACGAAGCCUUCCAUAACUCACUGUUCUUCUCACAUGGUCCUCUGAAGCUUGAGGUCGGGGCUCGAAUCAUUAGGGAUAUCGUCAACAUCCUCAGAAAGACAUUAUUAUGA